GGUGGUAGCAGCUUGAUAUGAAAUCCAAGAUUUCCUGUAUUAUAGUUUGUAGGGGUGCUGAGGUACAUAGUGAUUUUAGGGGUUAAUAGUCGUAGUCAUUGAUGCGUAUAUAUUAGGCUGUAUUCAUAAAAGACUGUGUGUUGCCUGAGUCAACCUCUUACAGUCUAAUACCAGUGGCCAAUAGGAAGAACAGAAGAGAAUCCAAGAAAACUGAGGUAAACAAUGCAUGCAAAACUCUACUUCAGCCUUUUGGUAGUCUUCCUGACUGGUGCUGUGUGGACGCGGAGUAUCAGAACGAUUGAUUAUGGGGAUCCAUAUGAUGACUGGUCUUAUUACAGCUUUGAGUGUCCACAAGAAUGUUUUUGUCCUCCUAGUUUCCCAAACGCUUUAUACUGUGACAACAAGGAACUUAAAGAAAUACCUGCCAUCCCAGCAAGAAUCAGGUAUCUCUAUCUCCAAAACAAUCUCAUUGAAGCUCUUACAGAGAAAUCUUUUGUGAAUGCCACUCAGCUAAAAUGGAUAAACCUGAACAAGAACAAAAUCACUAGUACUGGAAUUGAGAAAGGUGUAUUCAGCAACCUUAAAGGUCUGUUGUAUUUGUUCCUUGAAGAUAAUGAGUUAUCAGAGGUACCAGCUCCAUUACCCACAGGCUUGGAGCAGCUGCGUUUGGCAAGAAACAAGAUCACUACAGUCCCUGAAGGAGUCUUCAGUAAUUUGGAAAACCUCACCAUGCUAGAUCUGCACCAAAAUAAGUUGCUUGACAGUACUCUCUCAAGUACCACCUUCCAAGGACUAAACAGCCUCAUGCAACUUAACAUUGCUCAAAACUCACUUACUCAGAUGCCUCCAAUCCUCCCUGCAAAUGUAAUGCAGUUGUUUUUGGACAAUAACUCCAUUGAAGCAAUACCAGAAAAUUACUUUGAUACUAUGCUCAAACUGAUUUUCCUUCGCCUGAAUAACAAUAAAUUAACUGAUGAAGGUCUGCCAACCAAAGUCUUUAAUAUUUCAUCUCUUCUUGACCUUCAGCUGUCUUACAACGCACUCACCAGAAUCCCAGCUAUCAGUGUUCACCUUGAGCACCUACAUCUUGAUAACAACAAGAUCAACAGUGUUAAUGGAACUCAGAUGUGUCCAAUACCUAUACCAGGAGAUUAUGUCUAUGAGAGAAAUCUGCCACGCCUUCGAUAUCUCCGUCUGGAUGGCAAUGAAAUCAAACCUCCAAUCCCAUUUGAUCUCAUGCUAUGCUUCCGGCUCCUUCAGGCAGUUGUUAUCUAAGGACAACUCAGUGUUGCAGUUAUUGUUUCUCUGACAGUGAACAUGUUUGGCUGAUAUUUCACUUGCUAUACUUUUCACAUCUCCCAGUUAUACUUUUGGUUUUCUUUGUAUUUUUUUUUGUUUGUUUUUGUCUUUAUGGUUAUUCUCCAAUUACAGUUGGCCCUCCUUAUAGAUUGGCUUGCCUUUCAUGGCUUUGAACUUACAUGGAAGGCAAACCCCAGCAGAAAUAAUGGGGUGCGUAUUUGCGCCAUGAGUCCCAUGCACCACUGCAAGCACGUGCCCCAUUAUUUUCUAUAGGGCUUGAGUAUACGUUCUUUUCCUGAUGUGCAAGGUGUGUGCGUCUGGAACGGAUCCCCUGCAUAUGGGGAGGGCAGACUGUAACUUUCCUCAUGCUUGCUUUACUUUAAAGACAGCUUUGAAGAGGAUGUUUUUC